AUGUCGUUGUUCCUUUUUCUUCCACUUUUACUUGCUGGUGACGGUGCUGCAGAAACCGUUGUCGAAAGGAUUGACAGGGCCUUAAGUGAGAUACCACUAACCGUGAACAAGGCUGAGGUUCUUGCCAACCAUGAAAUGUUGCAAGCACAUGCGGAUGAAAUCAAAGAGGAACUGCGACUGAGUCCUCAACGGGAGGAAAUUCUCCAAAGGAUUGAGGCGGAAUUGCAACCCAUACAACAUGCGGAACAUGGUAACAGUACCAUCGAGCAAGUCAACGCACAGGCACAGAUUGGAGACCUUUUGUAUCAGAGUGACAUAAUUUUAACUCCUCAACAGGCCGAAGCAAUUCUCGGAAACGAUGUUCAUAUGGAAUUGGACAGAAGUAAACGACAAGCUUUGAACUGGAAGCACUGGGUUAAUUACCAGUGGCCAGACGACACUCUGUAUUACGCAUUUACUGAUGCGAUAGACAGUAGAACAAGAGAUAUAUUCAGGAAAGCGGCAAGGCUAUGGCAACAAGGCAGUUGUUUAACUUUUAUUGAGAGCGAUGCAGCGCAACACUAUGUUCUUGUGACAAUGGAGCCAGCCUGCUCUUCGUACGUGGGAUGCAUACACCAAGGAGCGCAAAGGCUUAGGCUGGGAAACGGAUGUCACUUGAUUGGUACCGCCGCACACGAACUUGGACAUGCCCUUGGAAUGUAUCAUACGCACUCAAGACAUGAUCGAGAUCAAUACCUCAUUAUCAACACGCAUAAUAUUCAACCCGGAAAAGAGUCACAGUUCAAUAAGGAAACUAUAGAGACAAGCAACAACUAUGGUAUUCCUUUUGAUUAUGGAAGCAUCAUGAACUACGCAACUGAUAGCAUGAUCUCCUAUUCCCUAGAGAAACAGAAAGGUAUGUACACUAUGGUACCUUUGGACUCAAAGUACAUCGAUACAAUGGGGUCAAAUUUCAUUUCCUUCUACGAUAUGCUCUUGCUGAACAAUAUGUAUGACUGUCUAAAAAAAUGCAACGCAAAGCAGCGCUCACCUGCGCGAGGUAGAGUCAAACGAGAAACUAUCACUAAAACUAGAACUUACAAUAACGGAAAUGGCAGAAUCACCAAGGUUACCAUUACUCGUAGUGGCUCCAGCGGUUCCUUCAAGAGUUUUGAUGAUGACGAAUUUGGUGGCUUUAUCGACCCCAUCGGUAGCCUCGGUAACUUCGGUGGCAUGGACUUUAGUGGCUGGGGCAGUAUCUUUGGCGGCUCAAAUGGUGGUGGACUAUCAGGGGAAGAGGGUGGCUCAGACGGUGGUAGCAUUUUUGGCGGCUCAAGUUGGAGUAGCAUUUUUAGCGGCUCAAAUGGUCGUAAACUACCAGGAGAAGAAGGUGGCUCAAACGGUGGUAACAAACUUCCCGGGAAAGAAGGCUCAAACACUGGAGGGAAGACCAAUUGGAGUAAAUUGCCCGGUGGAUAUGGAGGACGACUAUGCAAUGAAAGGCCAGACGGGCCAGGAAAGGUACUGCAAGCCAAAUCAAACUGGCAAAAAAUAGAGACCCUAGUGGGCUACAACAACGUGUAUAACACCAAUGAUAAAGACGACUUCUUGUUUGAAUACUACUGGAUACAGGCUCCCCGGGGAAGAAAAAUCGAAGUGAAAGUCGACGAUAUUACGCCAAAUCUGGAAACUCCAGGAUGCUACUGGUUUGGUGUUGAGGUUAAAGCACAGAAAGAUCAACGUCUAACUGGAUACAGGUUUUGUUCUGCUACAUAUAAAGGAAAAACCUACAAAUCGGAGGGUAAUCUUGUGCCCAUAAUUAUGUACAGCAGAAUCUGGCGAAUCAAAAUGAAUCUCUCUUACCGCAUGGGUACGUUUUUUCUAUCGUCAUGUUUUAAUCCUGCGUUAUCAACAGCAACAGCAGCAGCAUCGUACUUGAUCGUCAAGCGUAUUUUCCGACAAGAAAAUAAAGCUUGUCACUACCGACUAGUUGUAUCGAACAUCGUGAAAGAUGCUUAUGUGCAGACUAAACGAUAUCAUCCCUUAUAA